AUGCAGCCCUCGUCCUCAUCCCGCCUGUUUGGCUCGUCACCGCUCUCGUCGCCUCCAGCGGGACCGAUCCGAGCACUCUCUCCAGGACCAUCUGGGACCAUCCUCUCUCCCGGAUCCUCUGAGAGCUCUCUCCCGUCGGAAUCGUCCGGCAACCCUCCUUCGCAGUCGUCUGCGGGCGGAUCCGACGAUACCGUGCUGUGGGACUUCUGGCCCGAGUACACUCAGCAUGGCGAUUGGACCUUGCACGACGACAUACAGUUUUAUCUCCAAACACUCUUCUCUCACAUCAUCAGCCAUCCUCUCGCGGGCGGUAACGAGACCUUCGGCUGUUACCCCGAGUUCGCCUAUCGUACUCCUGUUGGUAACUUCCGCGGCAAACUGGACAUCGGGUUGUGGAGGACCCCGGGCAAAACGAUCCCCCGACGCCUGAACGCCAAGGAUCUCUUGAUGAUCGCUGAGAUCAAACCUGGACCAACCCUAAACUCAGGUCAAGUUAGAGAGGUUGAUAAGCAGCUCAGACAAAGAGCUGCUGAUUCAGCUAUCAAUGGAGUUCAGCAGCCCUUGCUUCUCCUGGGUUUUGUAGGUCCCUUCUUCCGGGCCUAUUAUUGGGAUGGGGAGGAUAUGAGACCCAACAACUCUGAUGAGUACCACAGCAGUCAAGUGAUGACUGCUGUUUCUCUGGAAGGGUUUGUUGACAUCAGAACCUCUGCUGGGCAAAGGAGGAUGCAGAGGCUGCUGGAGGGCAUGGUGGAGGGAUAUGAUGAUGAGGAUGAGUUGGAGUCCGUCUUCGGGGAAGCAGGACUCGGAGCGGACUCGGCGACGCACCUGGUCGAGCCUCCGAGCGGGUCGCCGCAGUCUUCAGGAACCGCGAGCGUCUAUGGUGAUUAG